AAAACUCUCUAUGGGAAAACCUGAUCUCGUCAUUCACUUUUCACUCGCGUUUUCGUUUCCGUCCCUAAAUCCAAAUCCAUCCUUCCUAUUUCCUUUCUUCUUUCAACGGUCGCUCGUCAGCCCACCUUUUCCAGGAAACAAAAGUCUUCAAUACCUACGACAUAAGCCACGUUCGUUCCUUUCUACGGAUUAAUUCCCAUAAUCUACAACUACUACCUUACUCACCUUUUCGCCUGUCCAAUACGGAACUGCAACUACAUCGUCAUCAACAUCAACAUUGUCAUCGUCGUCGUUAUCAGCGUCAUGCCGGGACUCGCGUCUUUGCCUCGGUUGUAAUUCGUCUCGUCCAGUGCAGAAGAGCCGCUUCGACGGGCCGCGAACACGACAUUGGAGGCUUUGAUUUGGGUACACGGAUUCAAGGCUCUUUAAUUGGGAACAAAUCUCCAGGAACGGAACGUCGUCAUGUUUGGGAGCACGAGAAGGAAGAAGCGGCAACCAGCUCAGCCGUUGACUGCUGCUACCGUGAACGCGAGUGCUGCGACGGCUGCUGCCGCUGCCUUUGGACGUCGCGAUUCCAUGUCGUCCCUUUCAUCCGCCGCAGCAGCCGCCGCCCUACGUUCCAGACCGAUAACACCAACCAAUGUCGCCGAUGUCCAGACCAGGAGGACCAUGAGGAGAAGCGCCUCCGUGUCGUCCCAACACAGCUACCCCGACACCAGGCCCGCCGACCUACACCGAUCACCCAGCCAGAGCUCCAUGUCCGGCCGCACCUUUCGCUCGCCUUCGCCCUCUCCUCACAGGACCUCUUCGCCCGCUACUCCCGUCGCCCCCGACGCGCCGCCCGUACCUUCAAUCCCCGACAACAUGCGUACCGCCUCUGCUGCCGCGGGCACUCGUCGUAAGGCGCCGCCUCCGAACUUGCAUACACAGCCUUUCCACGUCGCCAGCCAGAAAUCAAACAAUGGCGAAGGGGGGGCGACUGGAGGAGGAGGAGGAGGUUCGUGGUUUGGCGCUGCUAGCGAAGGCGAUCUGGCCAACGUGAGAAGAUCGAACGCGGCCCUGCAACAAGCCCAGCAGCAACUGCCAGCAGCGGAAUCCCGCUCCGGAGCCGUCGGAACACCACCGCCUGCGUCACCCGUCGUCGCCGAGAGAAAUCCGUCAGUAACACAAGACCAGCAAUCCGUUUCCUCCCGUCGGAGCAACUCGGUCGCCUCGCGCCAAUCCUCGUCCUCGGCUGCCCCGGAUCAGGGUCUGGUGUACGACCCGAAUUCCAGAAGAAUGGUGCCCAGGCCAGACUUGCGGGCGAUGGAGAUGUCCGUCCGCGCCGCCUCGGAAAAGCCGGUCAAAAGACAUAAGAGCCAAUCGAGUCUAUCACGGAGCGGAUCGCAUCUUUCGAAAGGGACCGUGGCCAGGACAUCAGGAACCCUCGUCGAACCUGCAACACCGCCGUCGAAUCAACCACUCCCCUCGUCCUCUGCCGAGCCGCAGGAUUCAUCUCGGCCACAUCCCCCUUCGCUUGAGAACGGCAGCGUAUCGGCACCUAAGGCCCCUGCUGAAGAAAAGCCAAUAAACGGGGAAGCAAGGCCGCAAGAAACACAACCUAACCACCUGUCAUCGUCCGGCCCAACGGCCUCGUCGCAGCCAGCCCCGAUAAGCCACAAACAGGACCCUGAGCCACUAUCUCACGCGGAGAAGCCCCCUUGCGCUGUCCCUGUCCAGGUCGAAGAACCGACUACGUCCAAGGGGAAUCUGAAUCUGGAAGAAAAGGAGGUCGAGGAGGGGCACGUAACACCAUCAGCUCCACUAGCACCUGCCGGUGUCGUUUCUGCUUCCGAAGCCGUUGAUUCGGUCCCAGUGAAAUCGUCUCCUCCCCUGGCCCGAGUAGCCUCAGUUGAUCGCCGCUGUGCCAGACCCGGCUCCAUCAGCCCCGUUCGAAACGCUCGUUUUUCGUUGACGAACGACCAGCUCGUGGUGAAACACGAGCCUCCUCCGAGAUCUGUGUCACCCCGGAAAUCCGCCAUGAAGAACUCAACGAGCCCCUCCCGAGGCGCCUCUCCGUCAGACGAGGGCUCCGAGAUGAGCGCGGACGUGGCAAACAGAUUCGAAGAUCAGCCCAUGUCACGCAAAAAGAGCGUCCGAGUCAGCUUCAACGACGAGAAUACUCAAAUAAUUGGUGAAGAGGGCUCGGAGACACGUGCCGAUCAUUCUCCCGUGGCCCGCAGUCCGCAACAAGCGAAUCGGUGGUCCUGGACCAGCAGCAGGCCCAGGACGAUGGAUGCCAACGCGGUCCCAAUCCUCGACGAUGACGAGAUCAUGAAGCCCCGACCAGCGCUGCCGUCGUUUGGAAGCAUAAGGGACAAGAAGCAUCGGGACACAGGGGAGGAGCGUCCUCUUGUGCGACCUCAUGCUCCAGGACACUCGUCCCCGGGCUCUGGCUCGGGGAUGACAACGAUGCUUCAUCCUUCUUCCGAUCAUGAGGAUGUAGAAGAACCCACCGGCCAAUCCAGCGACUAUAACAUCGGCUCGGUCUUGCAACAGGAGCAUGUGUCGUCGAGGAGGAACGAACCCAGCCAGUCCAAGUGCCAAGAUCCGUUGCCGCCCGUUGUCACGUCGCUCGAGGGCAACGGAUACUACUCCGCCAGCUCUACGGAAGACGAAUUGGAUAGCGAGUCGCAAGACGAAUCCGAGCCAGGCAUCGAAAACCAUGCGGCCCAAGUACCUGCCUUAACGCCCAUUCAGGAAGUUCCCCACGAAUCCAACCUGACGUCUUUGCCGGAGCAGGGCAAAAAGGAUGCAGAUUUGUCGAGAGAUGUGCAUGGCCCCCGCGGAUCAGCGAAACCGUCGCUUCAACCCAUCGUCCAUCAUGGACACGAAGGCCGGCAACAAUCACGCCCGAGCAUUCCCUCUAUUGCAAUCAUCGAGCCCAGUCCUGGAGUAGUAGCGGCAGCAGAGGGGUCUGACGGGGACGAGACCAAACAUCGGGACCCAGCCGGCUAUUUCGAAGUACCCGGCAGCUUUCCCCAAGACGACGCACAGAGGAAUGCCUCGAACCCGAACACGAACGCGAAGGCGCCCAACGGCAUUCAUCCAGGACCCAAUCAACCAAACCAUGUCGUUGCCUCCAACACGGGGCCUCACGUCUCAUUCGCAACCAUCACGAAGAAGGCUGACCCGGACUCCGACUCCGACUCCGACUCCGAACACAACUCGUCGAACGACAGUAUAUAUAGUGAUGCCUACGAAGAUCUCUCGGAUGUCGAUGAGGGAGGUUUCAUGUCACUGGAUGCCAUCGUGACUACGCCAGUCUCAUCAGAGAAGGUCUCUCGGAAGCUCUUUGAAGAAGCGCUCGCAAUAUCCCCGUCCAACAAAGAGGCGCCUAGAGACGAAAUAGCUUCCGCAAGAUCGGAGCUUCUACCCAAAUCCCCAGGGCCUCGCACUCCUGUCCCCGAGCCUUUGGAAACCCCGACGACUGAUGAGGAUUGGGAAAAGGCCAAGGCGUAUUGGAGGAGCUUGUCAAGCGAAAAGCGCAAGCAGCUUGAACAGGAGGCGCUGGGCGAUGCGCUGGGGGAUCCGGCAUCUCAAGCAGAUCACAAGGCAGUUGACCAAGCGAGGACAAGGGCCACUGAAAAGGAAGGAGACCAGGGGUCCGUGUCCGGGACACAGCAGCAGACCGAACGCAAGCCGGCGGCAGUUGGCCCUCGACGGAUGUACCAGAUUGCUCCUGGGACGAAAGUACCCGAUAGUCCCGACGAACCGCCAUCGCACAUGCGCAAGACUUUACGGGCUGCUGUCGAGUUACAAGAGCAAACGAAUGGCCACGCCGGUGGUGGGCUCAGGACGUCGAUGAGAGGCGAGGCCGGGGCGAAAAAGGCUUCGACAGCGAAAGCGCCACGGCCUGUGAGCGUCCCGCAGGCUCCGGUGUCUCGCGACACAUCCAUCAAGCACAAGAGACAAAUUUCACUUGACACCCCGGCUUCGAGCGCCGCCUUGGCCGCCGGCACGGGGGCCGCCAUGCGGCCUUCCCUGCGCCGUCGGGGGUCGGAUUCGAGCGAAAGCAGUUUCAAACGUGCGCGGGCCCAACGUCAACGGCAGGGUCUUGGCUUUCGCCGAUCCAUGCGGACGGCGUCCCCCGAGCGAGGUGUCGACGCGCAGAGGAGCUCUCGGUUCAGCCUCCGCUCCAUAUCUCCACCGGCCUCGCCACCACCUGGCGCGGGUGGGCAUCGGAUGGGCAUGCGUUCGACCUUGCGCGGCGACGCGAGCGACGAGAGCGGACAUCGCAUGCGGGUUCCCACCUUCGGUCGGCGGUCAGGCAAGAAAGCGGCCGAGAAGCACAAGAAGAGCAGGUUCGACGAUUCCAGCGACGAGGAGGACGUGGUGCGGCGUUCAUCAACCGCUUUCCGCAGCCGAUUUGACGUCGAUUCGAGCGACGACGAAGGAGGCGUGCGCCCACGAGCGGCGUCGGGAACCAUGCCCAAGAGUCUGCGCCACAGGGCCUCGACGGCCCGAGCGACGCGGAAUGGCAAGGGAACUACCGCGCCCGAGGACCUCCUUCACAGCAGUGACGACGAAGAAGACGUAACAAUCCCUCGGAGGACCGCUAGCGGCAGGACUCUGAGGUCGCAGACGGAUCGGCACGCCCCCAAACACAAGCGGUCUGGACGGGGAGAGCUUGCGGUGGGAGUGGCUGCGGCUUCGGCUUCGGCUUCGCCCCUAGCAGCAGGCGGCGCGGAGCAGGACGCCCCGCCACCGCACCGGGGGAGCGGCUUCUUCUCGGUCCUGCGGCGGAGGAAAGACGGCUCGUCCGGCAAGAUCUCUCGGCCGGAACCCCGGGAAAGCGCGGCGCGGCAAGAUACCAAGCUCGAGCGCAGCGCCGACGAGAUCUCGAACCUGCGCCACGGCGGGUCGCUCCGGCUGCAGAAGAACCGCGGGGCCAACAACUGGCCGCUCCUCGACGACGUCGCGGAAGAGAAGCGCCCUGCGACGGCUGGGGCGGAAGUGCCCGCUGCUGCUCCUGCUCCUGCUGCUGCUGCUGCUGCUGCUGCUGAUGCGGCCGCGAAAGAGUCGCCGCGGUCUAUCUUUUCGAAACGGCGCAGCGCGAGCCACGGGAUACUCGGGUUGGGGCUGGGGCACCACCACCAUCAUCGUCAUCAUGAACAACGACCACCGCGGGAGCAGGAUACCGGGACGCCGGACUUGGACGACCAGUCGCAGGCGGACGGAUCGGUGAGGAAGAAGAAAUUUGGGAAACUGAGGAAGAUGUUCGGCUUGAACGAUUAG